UGAUGCGCACGCAGUAUCUAUGGUGAAGAGAGGAAGAGUAUGAGGGAAGUAGAGAGUAAUACAUUUUAUAAAUGGUAGUGAAAUGUUAAGCAUUCGUAAGUAGCUGUUGCGAUUUAAGAUAAAUACCUUACAUGCGCUAUGGCUGAUUCGUCUUACGAAAAAGGAUUGACUGAAUUGUCAAAAAUGAAGGUGACUGACUUAAGAGCUGAAUUGAAGCAAAGAGGACUUCCUACUACAGGCAAUAAAAACGAACUAGUAGAGAGACUUCAGUUAGCAAUUCAUGGAGAUUCCGCAUUGUCCUUGGAUGAAACUACGGAAGAAAUUUUGGAUGAAGAUGAAGUACUUGGUGACGAAGAAAUAGAAGAAUUGUCGAGCAAGCCAGAUUCACAGGUGAUUGCUGCAAAACGGAAACUAUCCACAGAGAGCAACAAUAUGAACGCAAAGAAGAUUGUGUUAAAUCGCAAGCCUGUACUCGAGGAAAUAAAGAACGACCAAGUGGAAAAGAAGGAAAACAACAGCACAAAAUUGCCGGACGACACACCGCCCGAGAAGAAGAUUAUUAAAUUAUCGGAGCUUGGCAUCAAAGAGAGGUUAGAGAUGAGGGCUAAGAAAUUUGGUAUGCCGCUAUCCGAGGCAGCGAAGAAAGAAGCUAGACUAGCACGAUUUAAUGUCAAUAAUCAAAACAAUAAGUCGGCUGCAUCUAUAAAGACGCCUGUGCCUACUACGUAUGAGACAUUGAAGAAACGUGCUGAGAGAUUUGGGUCCUCGGUGUCUACUUUAAUGGAGAAGGCUGAAUUGGCUGAACGAUUGGAGAAAAGGAAAGCUAGAUUUGGUGAAGUGAAACCUGUCGAGAACAAAUUAAAAUGUUAUAUUUGCAGCCCAGCGGCGCAAACAAAGACGAACGAUCAGUCAGCCGCUGCAGCAGCAAAGCUGUGCAACUGCAAAGAGUGGAGUGAGCGAAAUAGCCAAGAAGCAGUCUUUUAUAAACGCUUGAUUGCUGUAUUAUUAUCUAAUCUUGUCAUGCAGAGGAUCGAUGACAGAUUGAUCGGUAUGAUUGGCAUAGAGGCGUCCUCCUCACAAUUCGAAUACCUCCAGGACUUUGUGAACGGGCAAGGCUCCAUGAGGGAAGUCGAUCGAAUUCUUGGCAGCGUAAUUAAACAAUCUGGCUCGUCGACGUAUCAAUACAUGGCUGAGAUAUCGCACUAUCUUAAUGUGUUGUCGGAACGCCUGAUGCACUAUGUAUCACUCAUGAAAGAACGUUGGGAUGUAACCGUAAUCUCGUUAGUAGUUAUAGCUAGUUUUAUGAUCUUGAGGAAGCAGAGAUUCUCCCGAGGCUUAGUUAUUUUUUUAAUGAUCGAUAUUAUAUUCGUCAUAAGUUUCUUCAUAACUUGGUGGCGGCUUAUACAGGAAGCAGAAAUCAAAUUAAUGGCGGCACAAGCACAAUUUGCGGAAAUGCCAAUUGCUUGCAAGCCGCAUAAAAUGGGUCUGUGGGACAAGAUGAUAGCGUCAUUUUCUUCUACAAAUGAUUGUGAGAAGUACUACGAAUCGAUCAUGACCAAUCCGAGAUUGCAAGUAACACCGGCGUUCGCGUUGACGCACUUUCUCAGCACAGCCAUUCUGCAGCCCGUAUCGUAUUUCGGAGUUGUUAUAUCGGAAUUUAUCGAUAACGCUACUAAUAAACUGGGCUUCAUCUACAAGCUGCCUGUUACGCUCUUUCUUUUCUUGAGCUUCUGCAUAUGUAUAAUAUUGCUGCCAUUUUUCUUGCUCGGUGGAUCUUUCAAUUUGGGUUUCGGGCCAUUUCUCAAAUUCGGGGUAAAAGCAAGAGCAAAUCUCAACGAGACACAAGAUCGUAUUGAACGGAUUUAUGAAAAUACUUCGACCAAGAAACGGUUAAAGCAUUCAGAUAAAGCGAUGAAACAAAUUACGUUAGAAAAAGACGAUGAUCUUGCUGGAGGUGAUACCAUUAGUGGAGGUGAUACGUGCCAUUUAAGCGAAAAAUGUAAAAAUUGCAAGUGUAAGAAUGCAAAUGGAAAUGAAGCUGAAGACGUUGAGCGCGAGAAAAAAGAAGAAGGAGAUGGCGAUUGCUAAUGAUACUUCACAUCUUCGCAAAGAUAAAGUUUUACAUUAUGUUCUCUUUGUAACUUUAUUACAGAUUUAAUGAAUUAUUAAUUUAAUAAUUUAUACAGUCUUUUUCUUAUUAUAUUAUUUUCUGAAUUAGUUAUAAUAAGUACGCAGCAAUCUGUGUUUAAGAUUAUAAAAUACUAUAGAUAUCAUCUCAAAAUGAAAAGAGAAUACAAAAUGUUUUUUGUAUUCUCUUUUCAUUUUGAGAUGAUAUCUAUAGCAAUCUAUAGCAAGCACAUUGGCAGUUAUAUCGCAAUUUUUAUUGCAAUUGUGCAGCAUCAGAGUUUAAUUUCUUUAAUAUUUUGUAUUAAAAAAUUAUGUAACAAUUCUUUGUGAAAUCUUUGUGUAGUUUGCAAUUGCACAGUAAUAUUUUGAGAUUUUAUAAAAAUUUUAUAUAUUUGAACUGACAACGAAACUGAAUUUUUCAUGCAGUUUUACCACAAAUAUUAUAUUUUUAUAGAUUAUCGUUACUCACUGUGAUAAAAGCAUGAUACAUGAUCCCUUAAUUGUAAAGAUAAUGUUUAUUUAAUAAUACUACAUCAUGUAUGAUUACUACUUUGUAAUACAAAAUGACAUGUGCCUAAUUAAAUAACAUAUUGGCUAA